AUGAUCCGCCCAGACUUGAAACCCAUUUGCGAGAACAUGCUCAUGUCCGAAGGCUUCCAGCAGGCACGGACUUUGGUUAUCAAGUUCGUGACGCUGUACGAGCUCCGUGGUGAGCUGCUGUCCAAACAGUUCCACUACGACAGGAGCCUUUAA